UCAUAUCUAGUGGUGUGAUUUGGCUAACUCAUUCAAGAGGAAUUCGUGUCGAAUUCGGUUACGAGUGUGGGUGGACGAUGUGGCGGAGGAGUAUGAAGGGAUGUGGAAUGGUGGACUCGGUUAGGGCACCACCACCACCACCAUGCUUGCGCCACAAAAUCAUGAGGCAUGGUCUUUCCCCAACACCAUAAAUUGAAUGUGCCCAGGCUGCCUGUUUCGUCGGAGCACAAAGCUUGAAGUCUCUGGAACACACUGCAGUCUUGCCGAGUAGUUUGGAAGGUGGAGUGCAAACUGUUAAAAAAACAUGCAUCAGUUUUGAGAUACUCACUCUCUCAUUGACUCCUUGAGAAGGAGCAAGUUGUCCGCUCUCGCAAUGCACGCACAUGGUCACUUGAUAUUAAAUUUGCUUAUGCUCAUGAAUCAGUUUGGCAUGCAAAAUACAAAGACAUCGAAGACGUUUGAAGUUAUGCUUUCAGCAUGUAUGUGCUCCGGAUCCACGUCCAUUUUCUGCGUGUAGUGACUGAUAUAGAUUGACACAAUGUUUGGGAGGCUUUUUUCCAAGUCGAAGGGGUCGUCUGGGGAAUCGGACGGAGGAGGCGGAGGAAGUGAUCCUCCUUCAGAAAAGGUGUGGCUUGAAGGGUGUAAAUUUUCGGAUUUCAAGUUGGGUCCUAUUUUGGGAACGGGAAGCUUUGGUCGAGUUCACGUUGCGCAUCACACUCCGACUGGUCAAGUUUGCGCCACCAAAUCUUUAUCUAAGGCCUCAAUUGUUAAAUCAAAACAGGUGCUGCACGUGAAGCAAGAAAAAUCAAUCUUAGCGAAGAUAUCACACCCUUUUGUGGUUAAUCUGCUUGGAUGUUGCCAAGAUGAUCAGUGUGUACAUCUUGUUAUAGAAUAUGUUUGUGGGGGCGAGUUUUUCACCUACCUACGCAGCACUGGGCGUUUUGAUGAGGCGACCACUAGAUUUUAUGCCUCACAAGUAUUAUGCGCAUUUGAGUAUCUGCAUAGUAUGGAUAUCAUAUACCGAGAUCUUAAGCCUGAGAACCUGCUGCUUGAUGCGAAAGGAAAUCUCAAGGUCACUGAUUUUGGGUUCGCUAAGCAGAUCGACCGAAGAACCUACACUUUGUGUGGUACACCUGAUUACCUUGCUCCUGAGAUUAUUCUGAAUAAGGGCCACGGCAAGCCUGUUGAUUGGUGGACUUUUGGAGUUUUGAUAUACGAGAUGUUAGCUGGAUAUCCUCCUUUCUAUGAUGAUGAUCCUGUCGGCACAUACCAAAAAAUACUAAGUGGUAAAAUACAAUUUCCAGGACACUUUUCAAAGAGUGCAAAAGACCUUUUAAGAAGACUCCUAGUAGCAGACUUGACAAAGCGAAUAGGAUGCUUAAAAGGAGGAGUGAAGGAAAUCAAAACACAUGCAUGGUUUCAAACUGUCGACUGGGAUGCUGUUGUUUCCAAAAAAGACACUCCUCCCAUUCGACCCAAAGUCUCAUCCAAGGAUGACACUAGCUGCUUUGAUGACUACUCCAAGCUAGGCCCCAUGAAACACGACUUUGUCUUGACAUCUGAAGACCAACUACAGUUCGAAGGCCUUUAAAACGUCCAGGUUCUCAAUCUGGUCAAAAAAACCGACCUCUCCAUCCAAGUCCAUGCCAUAGCAACUCCCAACAACUGGACAUCAUUGUAACAUGUAACAAUCGUGAAUAGAUUUCGUUUCUCUCGCUACCACUCA